GGGACGGCCGUGGCGGGGGCGGCGCCGUCCCAUAAACCAAGCCGGCCGGACCCGCAACGAGCCACAGCCAUGACGGCAUCCGAGCAGGCUGCGCGGCGGCUGCUGCUGCUCGUGCUGGUGGUCGGCGCUGGCGCCAGCGCCCAGCACCAGCUGGAAGAUCUGGUCGGCGAGCUGGCACGCAUCACCAGCGCGCUCCAGCAAACCACGUGCCCCGCGGACUACCUGACUCUCGUCCACAAGCUCGGCAUGCAGAAGACCCCGGCGGGCACCUACUACACACCCGUCUUCACCUCCGACAAGCCGUCGACCGAGCCGGGCGUGGCGGCCACCAACACGAUCCUGGAGCUGCAGCCGGCCGGCACGCGCAUCCCCUGGCUGAACAUUAACUCGAACAGCCAGCCGUUCGUGUGGCACCACCGCGGCGCGGCGGUGGCCUUCCACACUCUGAGCGCGUCGGGCCGCUACCAGCGCAUGGUGCUGGGUGACCCACUGCGGCACCGUGGCGCCAAGUAUCAGCUGGCGCUGCCCACCGGUGGCUGGCUCGCCACCGAGGUGCUCUCCGACUCCGAGUACGUCCUCCUCAGCGGCUCGGCGGUGCCGGCGCUCGAUCGACUCCAGUACACGCUGGCCGAGCCGGCGCGCCUGCUGCAGCUGUUCCCGCAGCACAAAGACGUGAUCCGGGCGGCGUACGGGCAGACGUGAACGAGGGGCAUCGAGGGCGCUGGCGGCUAAGAGGAUGGGGGUUGGUGGCGCUGGUGACUGAGCGGGGUGUCAAGGGCGCCGGCGGCUGAGCCGGUUAAGCCGAGGGCGCUGGCGACUGAGCGGAUGCGGUUGGUGGCGCUGGUGGCUGAGCGGGGGUCGUGGGCGCUGGCGGCUGGGCGGGUGGGGCCGAGGGCAUUGGUGGCGCAGCAUCGACGAUGCGGCGUCGCUCCGCAUCGACGUCAGUCAUGAGCUGUGAGUCGGCUUGCCGCGGCCGGUCCGUGUCAGGCUGGUCCUGGCACGAACCGAGCGUCAGAAACUCGCCCCGCCCGCCGGUAACAAGUUUACGCGUAGAUCUGUUCAGUGUCCACACACGCGGCUUGCCAGGAACGAGGAAAGGAGUGCUGAUGCUCGAGGCGGUGCCAGCACCCCCGCAAGGCUAGUGUGUAUAAUUUCACAAUCGCGGGGGCGCAGCAUAAAAUGUUUCUCUGAAAACCAAGUUUAGUGCGCAGCAGAAGAGCAAUAUCUGGCGCAUCGAAGAACAUCGCAUUUUCUUGAUCUUCUUUUCGUUACGUGUUUUCUUGGAAUUCUAACUGUCAACACAUAGUCGCGUAUGUAACGAAACAUCUUCUACAUUUCGUAAGGGGUGAAGGGGGGAGUGGCUUGUUUCCCAGGACUCAUAUGUGCAUGCAAGCUUGGCCUCCCCUGUGGGGUCGACAGGGGACUGUAGCAUUGUGCAGCGCUGUGCGUCGUGCAGCUGGUCGGUCCCAGUCCGCUCCAUGCGCGCACCGCAGCUGGCUCUAGUCCCUCCCACCAGCUCCUCCCGUGUACCUCGUCAGCUAGUAAAGCCUCAUGCAGUGAAAUAUGACAAUUGAUAUUGUAUAUGAUAUAACAGUUGCAUUGGAUUUAGGCAUGAAGAUCUGAGUGUAAGGUGUAUUUUCAUUGGUCGUUUUCAGGCCAGUUAGCUGCUCAAUGUUUUCCAGCAGAAUGUACAAAGGGACGAGCUUCAAAGUCAAUACAUCUGCAUGAGGUGAACUGUGUAUCUUAAGGCGAUGGCGGACACCGAUAAAGUUGGACAAUUAAGCAGAAAACAACUCAUUGUUCGUCCCAAUCCAAUCGCACAAGUACUUAUGGCAUUGCGUGCGCCCAACUCCAACCACAGAACAAGACAACUCAACUUCGUCCUCAAGACUAACCCAGAUCCUGUUGCGCAUGGCACCGAUUUCGAGACGUUCUUUCACCGCACUCCUCGCGUAUCGCCAUCAAAAGCCUUGUUAAAAUCCAUUAUUAGUUAUUCUGGCUGCACUCACCGGUGGCGGAAAUACCUGUUUAGCGCACUUUAAUCCCAGACUGCCCUUGAAAUAAAUUUUACAUAAGCAAGUAAUACAUAAUGCCGGUAAAAGCCCAGAGUCUCAGCGCAAUCACUGCAGUGAAUUUGUUGUCAUAUGAACAUCUAUUGAUUGGAGCACCCGUCAGGCCCCGGACGGUGGUGACCACACGUGAAGAGGGUCGUCCCGUUUGCAGCUGCGGCCAGCUUUUUGAACGUGAAUAGUGAUCAAAACAAAUGGCUCAUUUUGUACUUCGGGUGUCUCAGGCGUUCACUUUAUUUUAGCAAUCCUCAUGCGCGAGUUAUUCAAUACCCGGCACUGGUGAGAGCGGGGUCUGUCCCCUUUAAACUGAAAACUGCGCCAAAAUCAGCAGAAAUAUGUAGAAUCACGAAGCCGGCUCCGCUUCUCUCAAUGACUCGACGCUUUACCGCCACGAAGUAUAAUUUCGCGCGGGUCUGGGAAGUUUAUCAACGCGGUCUGGUGCACACUGCUGUAUCGAUUGGUCAGCACUCGAUCCGGGCCAGCCAGCGCACACGGCCCCCGCUCCUGUCGUUUGCGCGCUCUGGGGCCAGGGUGCGGGGCACGGCUGCCCGCGCGUCUUCACGCGCCGCCUGGUCUCGAGGUCAAACACACCAUGGCCCUCAGAUGUAGCCUAACUCGGCAGCUCUUCGCCUACAGGCCGUGGCCUUCAGGCAAGCAGCGUCAAAACAUGUACAAGAGGGAGCUCGCAAAAUGUCCUGAGCCCUAGCAACAAGGAAAAAGUAAGUGGCCGAUAACUUCAGCACUAUGUCGUGUGACGAAAACGCGUCAGGGUUUUCGUCCUCCUGGAUGUGUAACAGGUGCGCAGCCAGAGCCCUGGCAAGCGGGGGAGGGGAGGUAUGGGUUGACAAUUUGGCCCACUGAUUGUGAAUGGUCCCCCCCCAAACAAAAUAAUCGCGUGACCAGGAGCUACCAUGAGAUCAAUUUUGCCUGAAUUGCAAAGUAAAUGAACCCAAGAAAUCAUGUUUUGAACAAAUACAUGAAAUAAGCCAUUGAUGUUAUUUUGCAACGAUCCAG